AUGUCGCGCAUCAAGGGGGCGGUGGUGGUCAGGAGACCAGAUCUCGCCAAGGCCCCAGCCAUGCUGGGACCAGUCAACACUUUAGACUUUGUCAAGGCGUUCCAGUCGUACUUCGCGAUUUUCAGGAGCUCCCUAUUUCCGACCAGGCAGAUGAUUGAAGAACAUUACCUGGUCGAGGUCGACAAGGAUUGGCUGUUCUUUCAAGCCGUGGCGAAUGGGGAUUCGGAGGUGGCUAGGUUCUUGAGCACGUACCACGCAACCGUCGAGGUGCCCAAGCCGGCGAGCGAUGGGUACGAAAAUAUCCCAACUCUGGUGGGCAUGGCGGACGUGUUCAUCAACAAGCUAGGCUACGUCUGGAACGAGAAGGACUAUAUUGUGCCCAAGUCCUGCAAGUCUCACUUGUUCGGCCCGCGAGCAAGCUCUAUUCUUCCGACCAGUGCCGAAAGACACGAGAAGGUCGUCGUGAUAGCGCAGUACUGGGGGGACGAGUAUUACCAUUUCCUGGUGGAAGCGCUGCCGCGGAUCACUCUCAUGCUGGACGUCCUUGUGGAAAACCUCGACAUCAAGGUUGCAGUGCAUGCUCCCAAGUUAGGCAGCGAGAGCCACACCACGUUUAUUUACGAGCUAUUGGCGCUGCUCGGGAUAGAUAGCGAACGAGUUAUUUUCAUCCAGACAGAGAUUCAUGCAGAUCUCGCGAUUCUACCAAGUUCGAUACCGUGCGGCAGGCCAGACACACAAAUGGUCAACAUGCUGAGAUCCGUCCUCUUGAAGGCGAUGUACCCCAGAACGCAAGGGAUUCCUCCUGAGGUUCCGCGUCCAGUAAUCGUGCUAGUGGUGCGCGAAUCCAGGAGGUGGCUCAAGAACAACGACCAGGUCCGCGACGCUUUAAAGCAAGACUUCCCCGACCACGACAUUGUUGAGUUUUGGGGAAACGGCCCCAUCAUUCGGCAGAUGCGGCUGUUCGCUACAGCUUCUGUCAUCGUGGCUCCCCACGGGGCGGGCUUGUCCAACAUGGUAGUUUCGCCUCUUCACACACCGGUCCUGGAAAUAGGGUCGCCAGACUGCUCAGCUUGCUACCUUCACCUGGCUCUGAAGGUGAUCAGCGAGCGUCGCUGUGGGAAGCAUUGUCCAACUUUUCACAAGCUAGGGGGACCUCGUGUGGUCCAACUUCCCCCUUCACGUUUGUAUCGUUGGCUUGAAUUGGGUCCUCGGUACAUGCAGUCUGCUGACAACACUUGA